AUGAUUAAAGACGAAACUGCAAGCCAAGAAAUAAAACAUCCUCUGUCACUAUGAAUUAAUAAAAAUAAUGCCAUUCCUCAGCUCUAUCAGCAAAAUUUUGCUCUAGCUGUUUCUCAUCCAACUCAGCUCAAUCAGCAAAAUUUUGCACCAGCUAUUUUUGAUUCUAUUCAGCUCAAUCAGCAUAAUUUUGCUCCAGCUGUUUCUCAUCCUACUCAGCUCAAUCAGCAAAUUUUUGCUCCAGCUGUAGAUGUUUCUUUUUUAAUAACGAAGAUGAUGCUAAGUCAAAAAACAUUCAAUACUACUGCACCAUGGAAAAAUUAUUUUUUUAUUAUUUUUAAAAAUGAGUCAUAA